CAGUCGGUAAUGGCAACCCCUUCUGAUAGAGAUACACUAGAGUUUGCUGAAAUUAUGGCAGAUGUAGCAGAUGAUCAGCCAGUUGCUGAUGCACAGGCAUCUAUGCCUAGUCAAGCCACUGCAAAAGACUUUACAGAGAUCAGUUUAGACAAGGAAGAGACUAUAGAGAACUCUCCCAGAGAGAUGAUACCUGCAAGCAUUGAAGUUGCUGAUGAGAAGGGUGGAUGUUCUGCUACAGAGCAUAAUCAGUUCCUGGAUGAUCCUGUGAAAUGUCUAGAGGAUGAAGAAUGGGAUAUUUUAGAAGAUAAAGAUUGUAAGGUCAUUAUUCCUGAUGAUACAGAAGACUUUAAGAAAGAGAUGCCUGAAAUACAGACAUGUUUGCAGUUCACCAGACACGGCAGACAGGUUUUGGUUGGGGAUCUUCCCGAUGACUUCCUGAGAUUUGAAGCCACACAACAGCAGACUCAGAUGACCUUAGAUGAGGAGACAGCGAGGGCGUUACAGUAUCAGCAAACAGGGUGGGCAGGAGUGCAUCAGCCGAAUGUUUUAGGCAGACUUAGUAUAACUAUUGCACAGGCCAAAUUAGCCAAGAAUUAUGGUCUGACAAAAAUGGAUCCUUAUUGUCGUAUCCGUGUUGGUCAUGCAGUAUUUGAAACUCCGACAGCUCAUAACGGAUCCAAAAAUCCACGAUGGAAUAAAGUCAUCCAGUGCAACUUACCGCAUGGUGUAGACUCAUUUUACUUAGAAAUUUUUGAUGAGAAAUCAUUUACAACCGAUGAUCGCAUUGCGUGGGCGCACGUCACAAUCCAUGAGAUGGUUCUUAACGGCGAAACCAAAGAUGACUGGUACACACUAAGCGGUAAACAAGGCGAGGAUAAAGAAGGGAUGAUCAAUCUAGUUCUUACUUUCAAUCCACAUCCGCAACCGCCACAAGGUGUUGUGUAUCAACAGCGGCAGUCAGGUACACCGAUGUACAUGGUACCACAGCCCAUGUUUUAUGGAGGAGUACCAUAUGUAGUGCCAGGAAUGCAGCCAGGAAUGCAGCCACAGCCAGGAAUGCAGCCUCAGCAGCCAGUCCCCCAACAGCCCGGCCAACCUGUGCCACCUCCCCAGCCAGGCCAGCCAGCUCAGCUCCCUGUACAACAAACACCAUAUCCACCACAACAACCAGGUUAUCCCGCCCAGCAACCAGGUUAUCCCGCCCAGCAACCAGGCUAUCCCGCCCAGCAACCACAGCGAAUAGCCAUCACGGAAGACGACAUCAAGGAUAUGCAGGAGAUGUUCCCAAAUAUGGAGAAACAGGUCAUUGUAUCAAUUUUAGAAGCCAACAGUGGCAACAAAGAAGCCACAAUUAAUGCUUUACUGUCAAUGAGUGACUAACCUUCCACCUCUAAAAUACCACCAAAUGGUACAUUCCGAUUAUGGAAAACAGUGAGAUUGUACCAAUAUAUAUAAUUGCACAGGGGUGUUUGGGAAUAUCACCUCAGAUUUUUACGUACAUGAUCAUAUAUUUGGAAUACUAAAAAUUAAAUCAUGAAUCGCCUAAUUUCACACACUGUAUAUUUUGGAUUAUACCCUGGUAUUAUUAUCAUUUGAAUAAAUGUU